GUUUUUUGCGAAAGUCGAUGUGAUUUAAAACCUAACCACAUUCUUUUACCCAAUUUUUAAAAUAUGACUAAAGGGAGCAACAAAUUAACUUACGAUAAUAAAAUUAUUUUAGCACCGAUGGUUAGGGUGGGAACACUUCCCAUGCGACUAUUGGCAUUAGAUUAUGGAGCCGACAUAGUGUAUUCGGAGGAAUUAAUCGACUGGAAGUUUCUUCGUACCAUACGGCGAGUUAAUGACGUACUUGGAACUGUGGAUUAUAUUGAUAGAUCUGAUGGUACGGUAGUGUUUCGUACUUGUGCAAAAGAGAAAGAAAAGGUAGUCGUACAAUUGGGAACGUGUGACUCGGAACGUGCACUUCAAGUGGCCAAAUUAAUUGAAAAUGACAUAGCCGGUAUCGAUAUAAACAUGGGUUGCCCCAAGGAAUUUUCUCUGAAGGGAGGAAUGGGGGCUGCGUUACUUAGACAACCGGAAAAGGCCAAAGCGAUUUUAUCUACAUUAGUACAAAAUGUAAAAGUACCAAUUACUUGCAAAAUACGUGUCUUAUCUAAUGUUGAUGAUACAGUAAGCUUAGUUAAAGAGUUAGUUUCGACAGGUAUCGCUGCUAUAGCGGUGCACGGGAGGACCAAAGACGAACGCCCACAACAUCCCAACCGAAAUGACACACUGAGAAGAAUUGCAGAAAGCACUUCUGUACCGGUCAUUGCUAAUGGAGGCUCACGGGAAAUCGAGAAAUACGCAGACAUAAAAAAGUUCCGUGAUGAAUGUGGAUGCUCUAGCGUAAUGAUAGCUCGAACAGCCCAAGGGAAUUGUUCAAUAUUUCGUCGUCAAGGACAAAAGGAAUUGGACACCGUAAUUAUCGAAUAUCUAAAGUAUGCCGUUGACUACGACAAUUCGCCUAGUAACACUAAGUACUGUAUUCAAAACAUGCUCAAAGAGUUGCAAGAGACUCCGAAGGGUAAGAAAUUUUUAGAAUGCCAGACAUUGGAACAAAUUUGUUUCUUGUGGGGUCUUGGAAAUUACUGCAGAAAGAAAGAAUUGGAAUAUCAGGCGAAAGGUAACCUAGGCAGACGUCAAGUGACUCCCAAUAUGUUCGAUCCAAGCCCGAAACGUCUCAAACUGGAUAGCACAAGCGAAAUAGUCGAGCUAGGUUGUGCAUUUAUUCGGGCAAGCUACUCACAGGAUUCCGACUUGCCAAAAACGAAGUUAAUUGCGUGGUGUAGUAAAAACAAGAUUAAAUCUCCCACGUACGAAACCAUUCACGAGGAUAAAUUAUUUAGAUCAAUUGUGACAUUCGAUGGAAAAAAAUAUAGCUCCACAUUCUGGGAGAAAAAUAAGCGGUUUGCGGAACAAGGGGCUGCGCUUGCAUGUUUAUGUUCCUUAGGGUUGGUGGAUAUUGAUAGUUUAAUUGAAAAUGGUAGUGUUUUGCAGUAAAAGCAUCAGAUGUGAUCACUUUUGGCAUAAUACUCCAGAAUCCUAUGCAAUGUAUAUUAUAACACAUUUGCUUUGUAUAUAUAAUAUAUUUUUUAUUUUUG